AUGUCUCACUCCGCAGAUCAAGAGAAGAUCGUGCUCAAAAUCUUGUCUCACCAACCGCAUCAGUACUAUGAAAUUCUCUCGGUAACAAAAACCGCCUCCGAUGGAGAGAUCAAGAAAUCGUAUAGAAAGCUAGCGAUCAAGCUUCAUCCAGACAAAAACCCACAUCCACGAGCAGCGGAAGCGUUCAAGUAUCUCAACAAAGCAUGGGAAGUGCUCAGUGACCCCAGCAAAAGAAAAAUAUUCGAUCAGACUGGCGCUGACCCUGACCUGAGAGGAGCUGCUGGCUACUCUUCUGCAUCUGCCUACGGAGGAUCUCCAUUUGGCAAUACUUCGGGGUUCACUCAGCACAGGUUUAACUCCGACUUCUCAGAUGAUAUAUUCAAUAUGUUCUUUGGAGGCGGCAUGCCUCAAGGGCAGACAUUCACAUUUGGCAACAACGGCUUCAUGUUCAAUACUUUUGGCGGUGUUCCUGAAGAUUUUUUCACGAAUGUACGAGCAAGAUCACAGCAGAGAAGACAGCAAGAAAGAAGAUACGAAGAGCAGCAACGGAGAAAGCAGCCAUCGGGUUGGGAUACUAUUAUGCAGAUUCUUCCGUUGAUCAUUAUCAUCCUCGGAAUGCUCUUGUCGACGCUAUUUGCUGAGGACACGCCAGACUUUUCAUUCAGCAAGACGUCCAAGUUCAACGUCCAGAGAAAGACGCCCGUGCAUAACAUUCCAUUCUACGUCAAGCCAGGCUUCACUAAAGACAUCAGCGAUAGACAACUCAAAAACUUUGACAAGAAGGUGGAGGCGCUGUACAUAAGAGAUACCCAGAACAACUGUGCAAGAGAGCAGAUCAAGAGAAACGAUCUAAUGGAGGACGCUCAGGGGUGGUUUUUCACCGACCAGCGCAAGCUAGAGCAAGCAGAGAAGAUGCCUAUGCCCAACUGCCGGAAAUUGAGAGAUAUGGGAAUCUUGUAG